AUGACCAACCAUCCCAUCUUAAUCAGCCUUAUCAUAGCCCUCUCCUACAUCCUCCCCAUUCUAAUCGCAGUAGCCUUCCUCACACUAGUCGAACGCAAAAUCCUAAGCUACAUGCAGGGCCGAAAAGGCCCAAACAUUGUCGGACCCUACGGCCUGCUUCAGCCCCUAGCAGACGGAGUAAAACUAUUCAUCAAAGAGCCGAUUCGCCCAUCAACAUCCUCCCCCAUCCUAUUCAUUGCCACCCCCAUACUGGCACUUCUCCUUGCAAUCUCCAUCUGAACCCCACUCCCACUACCAUUCUCACUUGCAGACUUAAACCUGGGCCUACUAUUCCUCCUAGCCAUAUCAAGCCUAGCAGUCUACUCUAUUCUAUGAUCAGGAUGAGCCUCCAAUUCAAAAUACGCCCUAAUUGGGGCAUUACGAGCAGUAGCCCAAACUAUUUCUUAUGAGGUGACCCUAGCUAUUAUCUUACUAUCUGUCAUCCUGCUCAGCGGCAAUUACACCCUUAGCACCCUCUCAGUCACUCAAGAACCUCUCUACUUAAUUUUCUCCUGCUGACCACUAGCCAUAAUGUGGUAUGUCUCUACGCUUGCUGAGACUAACCGGGCCCCCUUUGACCUAACAGAAGGCGAAUCCGAACUAGUCUCAGGGUUCAACGUAGAGUAUGCAGCGGGACCCUUCGCCCUAUUUUUCCUAGCCGAAUAUGCGAAUAUCAUACUUAUAAACACACUAACUGCCAUCCUAUUCUUCAACCCAAGCAUGUUCAAUCCACCCCAAGAACUGUACCCCAUCAUCCUCGCUACAAAAGCCCUACUACUAUCAGCAGGGUUCUUAUGAAUUCGUGCCUCCUACCCACGAUUUCGAUACGACCAACUAAUACACCUACUAUGAAAAAACUUCCUACCGCUCACACUUGCCCUAUGUCUAUGACACACCAGCAUACCAAUCUGCUAUGCAGGCCUGCCCCCCUACCUAAGA